AUGGCAAAAAAGAAAAUGAUUGAAACUUUUGAUCUACUUUUGAAAGAUCUCUUGAAUACUAAUGUGCUUUUUGGUGGUAAAGUUGUUAUCUUUGGUGGUGAUUAUAGACAAACUCUACCAGUAGUUCGAAACGGAAAAAGAGAGGAUUUUAUUCAUGAGAGUUUAUUAUAUUCUGACAUUUGGCCCCGACUUGAAAAAUUGCAACUGUCAGAAAACAUGCGUGCAAAAACUGAUCCGGUCUUUUGUGAAUAUUUGAUGAGAAUAGGAAAUGGAAAAGAACCUCUUACUUCUGAAAACAAAAUUGAAAUUCCAAAAUUAUUUAUUGUCCCUUAUACUACUGAACAAGAAUCUUUGAAUGCAUUAUCUGAAACAACAUUUCCAAACAUGCAUGCUUUCUUCUGUGAUGUAUCUUAUGUAACUUUCCGUGUUAUUUUGAUGACGAAAAAUGAUUUUGUAAAUGAAAUAAAUGAUAUGCUUAUAGGCAAAUUUCCAAAAGAAGCCAAAACCUUCGUUGCAAUUGAUGAAACAUGUGAAUCGAAUGAUCAAA